GCUAAAGGUAACAGCCUGUGAUACACAAAAUAUUAGGCAUUUUUAAUAAACCACACCUUGUGUACAAAAAUGACAUCGUGUCAAUACACUAAUUAGUUGGAGACAUCAUUUACAACAUUCGGCAAUUAAGUUAAAUGGUAAUCUCAACAUUGAAUCUAUUACAUAAAACGAUUUCAACGGAGGAUGGAUUAAAUCAUUUUCUUUUAAAUAUGUGAUUAUGUUUCUGUAUGGAUGUGACAAAAAACAUCACAGAAAAAUGAUUUGACUUCAAUAAGUAAAUAUAACAAACCAAACAAACGAACAAAAAACUCAGGAUAUAUAAAAUGCAAAUAAGCAAAGGUAUAACGGGUACAUCGUUAGGGAUGCUGAAUGGGUUGCUAGUAACUUUUGUGUUACUGGACAUGGUGACCCAGGCAUUUGCAGAAGGAGCAUAUACUGGCAAGCCCUCACUUUCUCUCAAAGUCAGCCCAAUGGAAUCGCAAUCUGGAUACGCCCCGAGCUUUGGAGCUGAAAUACGACUUCGCUGUCAGAUUACUGCAUUGCCGCAUAUCGAUGCCAAAAACACUAUGUGGAAAUUCAACAAUGCAAUUCUUUUCACUGGAAACAAAUACACAUUGAAUAAAGUGCCCAGUAUGGGAUCAGUGGAUGAAGUGACUAUGAUUUUGACAAUACAUCAUAUUAAUAUUAAAGAUGUCGGCAACUACACGUGUGAAGCGAAGAACUCAGAUGGGAUGUAUAAGCAUGCAACUGUUGAAAUAAAACCAAUGGGGCGAAAAGAGAUUGAUUUUAAGGUCUAUACCAAAGCAUCAUCUAUAGAGACUCGCGGAAGAGGCAGGAUAGGGGGUCCUCCUGGAAGCAAUGAGAAAAAUGUCACAGUAACACAGACCACCCAAUCCAGUGAUGCCAGCGACAUUAGAGCUAUGAACAUUGAAUUUAUUACAAUUGGAUUGAUAGUGUUCUCCAUGUUAUAACUACUGUAAAUGCACCUCCUCCAUAAAUUUGGCAUCUAGAAGUCCCCUUUAGGCUCACUUAUCAAGGCCUGGUUGGUUGUACUUGACGAUUUUAAAGAAUUCACCAUAUUUGUCAAAAAGUUCUGAGCUAUUGCAAUUGAAGCACAAAAUUACGAUUCGAUCAAUGACAGUUGGUAUGCUAUCCAUUGAAACCUUCCAGUUGCCAAACUUAUGGAGGGGAGUGUAUUAAUUAGAUAAUCAUCUCGAGAAAGGACAAAUGAGUCUAACUAUGUUAUAUAAGGAUGUCAAAAGAAUAAGCAUGUGUUAUGACAAUACAUUAUUAAAUUAGAUCACAUCCUUGCAAUGUCAUAUGAUGUAAUAUUAAUUUG